AUGAGGGGCGGCGGCACCGGCGGAGGCGGUGGCGUGAUCCACUGCCGGUGUUCCAAGUGUUUCUGUCUCCCUUCAAAGCGAAGGAUUCGCAAGAGACCCCGAGUCUUGACGCUGUUGAGCCUCCCUGAAGAUGUCCUCUUCCAUAUCCUGAAGUGGCUCCCUGCUGAGGACAUCCUGGCCAUCGGGGCGGUGCACCCCCACCUCAAGUAUCUGGUAGACAAUCACGCCAGCGUCUGGGUCAGUGCCAGUUUUCAGGACGCGUGGCCGUCUCCGGACAACUUGAAGCUGUUUGAGAGGGCGGCCGAGAGCGGGAACUUUGAAGCCGCUGUGAAGCUGGGGAUAGCCUACCUCUACAACGAAGGCCUGUCCAUCUCGGACGAGGGCCGGGCCGAGGUGAACGGGCUGAAGGCCUCGCGCUUCUUCAGCCUGGCGGAGCGCCUCAACACCUGGGCCCCGUUCAUCUGGCUGUUCAUCCGCCCGCCCUGGGCCGUCUCAGGGAGCUGCUGCAAGGCCGUGGUCUACGAGAGCCUCAAAGCCGAGUGCCGGUUCCAGAAAGCCCACAAAGGAUCGAUUCUGCACUGCCUGGCUAAAGUCCUGAGCCUUUUUGAGGACGAGGAGAAGAGGAAGGAGGCGCUUGAGAUGUUCGAAGAGUCAGCCCAGCGGGGCUGCUUGGAUAGCUCCUACCUGCUUUGGGAGAGUAACAGGAGGGCUGCCAUGGCGGAUCCCGGCCGGUACCUGCAGAGCCUGCGGAUGCUGCGGGACUACGCGGCCAAAGGCUGUUGGGAAGCCCAGAUGGCCCUGGCCAAGGCUUGCGGCGCCGGCAGCCGGCUGGGAUUGGAGGCGAAGGCAUCGAGCGAGAUGGUGUCCCAGAUCUUUCAGGCUUCCCGUCCCGUCAGCAAGCAGAGCAUCUUCACCGUGCAAAAGGGAAUGAACGAAACCAUGAGGUACAUUCUGAUGGACUGGCUGGUGGAAGUGGCCACCAUGAAGGAGUUCUCCAGCCUCUGCCUGCACAUGACGGUGGACUGCGUGGACCGCUACCUGAAGCGCAGGGCCGUGUCGCGGGCCAAGCUGCAGCUCCUGGGCAUCGCCUGCAUGGUCAUCUGUACCCGCUUCAUCAGCAAGGAGAUCCUGACGAUCCGGGAAGCGGUGUGGCUGACCGACAACACGUACAAAUACGAGGACCUGGUGCGGAUGAUGGGGGAGAUCAUCUCGGCCCUGGAGGGGAAGAUCAGGAUCCCCACCGUGGUGGACUACAAGGACGUGCUGCUGACUCUGGCCCCGCUGGAGCGGAGGACGGGACAUCUGUAUGGCUUCAUCUGCGAGCUGUCCCUGCUCUACACCAGCCUGUCCAGCUACUCCCCCGCCCGCCUGGCGGCCUCCGCCCUCCUACUUGCAAAACUGUUGCACAGGCAAGCCCACCCGUGGACCAGCCAGCUGGGCGAGUGCACGGGCUUCUCUUUCGAGGACCUCAUCCCCUGCGUGCUCAGUCUCCACAAGAAAUGUUUCCAUGACGACGCCCCAAAGGACUACCGACAGGUUUCCCUGACGGCAGUGAAGCAGCGAUUCGAGGAUGAGCGCUACGAGGAAAUCGCUCAAGAAAAGGUGAUGGGCUACAAUCAACUGUGCGCGCUACUGGGCCUCAAGCCAGGGGACCCCGAGACGGUCCAGGCCACCGCCCCCGCCGCCUCGCUCAGCGGCUCCGGGGAGAUCCCCGCCUUCCUCACCUCCCCCUCCGGAAAGAGGACCAAGAGGAGGCGGGAAAACAGCGUCCAGGAGGACCGAGGCAGCUUUGUCACCACGCCCACGGCCGAGCUGUCCAGCCAGGAAGAGACGCUCCUGGGCAACUUCCUGGACUGGAGCCUGGACUACUGCUCGGGCUACGAGGGCGACCAGGAAAGCGAAGGGGAGAAGGAGGGAGACGUGACCACCCCCAGCGGAGUCCUGGAUGUGACGGUAGUGUACCUGGCCCCGGAACAGCACUGCUGCCAGGGGUCCAGCGACGAAGAGAGCCCGGCCGAGGAACGCCGGAGCCCGGGGGGGCCCCGGCAGCAGGCCGCCCGGCCGGACCCCGAAAAGCACUGGCUUCUGUUCCACGACCGCCGGGAGCCGAGAACGGAGGCCACCUCGGGCUACUCGUCCGUCCACAGCGCCAGCCCCGCCUCAUCGGUGGACCGUGGCCGCGAGGCGUCUCCGCCGCCUACCUCAGCGCCGUCCCCCGCUGUGGCACGCAGCCCCCGGGGUCCCCCGCCGCGCCUGCAGCCCCGGCACCCCUUCCCCCUCAGGCCACGUGCCCGGGCUCCCCGGCGGCAGGGGAAGCGCAAAAACGUGGCUGAGCACAGUGAGGAAGGGGAGGCCGCGGGGGGCGAGGAGGAAGAGGAGGAGGAGGAGCAAGAGCGGGAGAUGAACCUGGGCUUCUUGAGCCUGUGAGUCCAGGGAGUCUGCGCCUUCGGAGCGGUGACCGGCGGUUGCUUGCGUUUCCGAAUCACCUUCUCGAGAGGCAAGUCCCGGAGUGAGGGCGAGAAUUACCCCGAGGGGCCCCGCGAGGCCAGCGGCUGCUCGCGUGGCCAUGGCCGGCCCCUUGGCCUUGCCCCGGCUGAGGAAGCCUGACCUCCGCCAGCCGUCCUCGGGCUUCCCCGCGGUCCAGGCCCGGCUCAGCAUCCCCUUCCUGCCCCGCCGGCUGUCGUUAUCGACGAGCUCCGCGCGCUGGACCACGGUCUGUCCCAGUCCUCGGGAUUGGGGGGGAUGUUUUGCCAGCCGCUUCCGCCCUCUGAGAGUCGGAGGGCCGUGGUCCUAGCGGAGAAAGCCUCUGCCCCAGAUGGGGCUCUGGCCACUCGGCCUCUCCCCUCCACGGCCUCCCUGGGGAAAUCUCUGUCUGGGGCGGGUGUGAGGGUAGCUCAUCCGAAGGGGGAUGGAGGGAGAGUCCUGCGGAGCCCUGUGCCCCCCUCAGGGGCAGCUGCUGACACCUUCCUCUUCCAGCCGGCCGGAAAACCCCGGCUCUACGGCUUUCCCGGUUGAGGGACGGUGGCUCGAAAGCUUUCCCCGGGGAGGGCCCCUCGCCCGAUUUUCAAAGAACCAUCUGUGCCUCUGCAUCCCCCACCCGUCACCUUGCUGCUGUUAGGGCCGGGCUGUUCCCUCCCCUCCCACACUCUCGCUCCUUCCCUCAAAAACGAAGGCGAAACCCGCUUCGAAACAAAUUUGUUAGAGCUAGGGGAAGAGUUAUUUUUUAUAUGUGUAUUAUAUACGUGUAUAUAU